AUGUCUCACAUGACCGAAGUAAUCCAGGGAUACGCUGAUGGCAAUGAAACUGAGAACUUCUUCGCACAAAUCAAGGCGAUCUACGAUCCCACAACAAAAGGAGCCUCGCCGCUUUUCAGCUCCGACGGAACAACAUUUCUUAUGGAAAAGUUGCAGAUUCUGAAGCGCUGGGCCGAGCACUUCAGAAGCGUCCCUAACCGCCCUUCUGAAGUCUCCAACGUCGCCAUCGACCUGUUACUCAUGUGGGAACAGACAACAACCUUGACCUUUUGUCUCCUCUCCCAGAAGCAAUCAGAGCCGUGCAUCAGAUCUCCAGAGGGAAAACACCGGGAUCCGACACGAUCCCGGCCGAAUUCUGCAAGCACGGCGGCCCCCGGAUGA